AUGCGUGAGCAACAGUUUCGCAGUCCUGUUUUUGGAACAGACAACGAGCUGAUGCAAAAUAAUUUGAGUUCCUAUCGGUCAGAGGGAGGUUCUGCCCAUCGUCGAACGGCAUCCAGUCCUGUACAAUCUAGACGUAACAUAAGAUUUGCCCCUUCCACCAGAAUAAGUCGUUCGAAUCGACCUAAAUCUCUGACGCUUGCCAGGAAUCAGAGAGAUUUGCAAACGCUUCGGAAUAUUCCCACUAUUAUACCAUCGAGGGGUUCCGUUUCGGAGAGAGGUUCUUUCUCUGGUAAUUCAAACAGAAGCUCGAAAACAACUAAUGUACAGUCUAAUAUUCGUCAUAGUCGAGUAUCGUCCAUGAACAGUUUUUCAUCUCUGUCAUCCUUGGGGGAAAAUCCAUUUUCCUCUGAUCAAUCAUCGUCUGACAGUUCCACUUCGAGUAAUACAUUACUGCAGUCCAGUAGGAGGUUGUCAACCGAAAAAUUAUCGAGACCCCCUUCUCCUACAAGAGACAGUAUCCCAAAGAUUACAUUGACUUCCGCUAACUUUGAAGAACCUACUCAUUCGACAGCUUCAACGCGCCUUAUCCAGAUGCGCCAUCACGCUUACAUGAACAGCGAAAUUACUGACAAAUCACUCUUGACCUACGAACAUUACAUACCUCUUGAAAAGCAAGGCUUCCUUGGGAAGUUCUUAUCACUGUUUCUUAACGUUGAUGCCAGCGCAUAUAUGGUACCCAUCGAUAGCUCUAUUGAUCGCUAUGGAAAAUCUUUAGGAAGUGUUCUUUCUCGUCUUAGGACAGAAGUGUCAAAUGACAUCGAAAAGAACAAGAUCACUGAUCCUAUUGAUUCUUCUUCAUUUUGUAGAGGUGGGGGUAAAUUGAACAGCUUAUUAUAUAAAUUAGGUUGGUCAAGACUAUACGUGGAUGAUCAAUUUCGAAUUACCGUUCACCCAUCUCCUUAUGAAAAACGUUGUGAAUUUAUACUUCUCUUGUGCGAAACGCUGAUGCUAUAUGGAUGUCCGAGUCAUAAGAUACUGCGAAACCUCCAGGUAGCCUGUCGCAUUUUAGAUCUCCGUGCGAAUUUCCUAUAUCUUCCUGACUGUAUGCUUUUAUCUUUCAGGACUGAGAAGGGACAUUCGGAUAUGCAAUUUGUAGGAAUUACAUCACAAAUGGACUUGAAUAAACUCGGUUUAGUGAAUGAAAUCUACCGUUAUGUAAUGCUGGAUAAAUUGAGCGCCGAGGAUGGUAUGGAUAUUUUGAAGAAUAUUAUGACUUUUCGACCACUUUAUCGAAAAUGGCUAGUUGCUUUCAUGCAUGGUCUCGCUAGUGCUUGCAUCUUGCCAGUGGCUUACGGCGGAGGAUGGCUUGAUAUGCCGAUGGGAUUUUUGUUAGGAUUACUUCUGGGAAUUUUCCGAGUGUAUCUUGCCCCUCGGUCGUCAUUGUUUGACAAGUUAUUUGAGGUUAUUGGAGCCAUUGUUUUGUCCUUUUUGGGGCGGGCAUUUGGAAGUAUUAGUAAAAAUACGAAGCCUCUAUUUUGCUUUUCUGCUUUGGUUGAAGGUGCCGUUUCGCUUAUCCUUCCAGGUUAUAUUGUUUUUUGCGGUGUCUUAGAAUUGCAAUCCAAAAAUAUUGUUUCCGGAGGAGUUCGCAUGUUGUAUGCUAUCAUAUUCUCAUUGUUUUUGAGUUUUGGUAUAACAAUUGGGGCUGCUCUUUAUGGCUGGAUGGAUACGAAUGCUACUAAGAAUUACUCAUGCUUGCGUGAAAUAGGAAUUGAUCAAAAGUGGUACAUACUUUUAAUACCUUUGUAUACUCUCUGCCUAUUGUUCGUUACGCAGUCUCAUCCGAAGCAAUGGUGUGUGCAGGUAGUAGUGUCCAUAGUUGGCUAUAUUGUGUAUUUUUAUGCCUCUAUGCAUUUUGGUACGGGACAGAUAUCCAGUGCACUUGCCUCCUUCGUGAUUGGAUGUUUCGGGAGUUCUUAUUCGCACUUCAUCAAAUCUUCUUCUUUUGUCGUUGUAAUUCCUGCUAUUUUUUUGCUAGUUCCCUCUGGUUUCGCUGCUCAAGGAGGCGUGAGUGGUGGUUUGUACACAGCUACUAACAUUGUGAGUCAUAAUACAACUACAAAUACGACUAUUUAUUCUCAAUCGAAAAACCAAAAUAGCAGUUUGGAAUUUGGGUUUACGAUGGUUGAAAUAGCUAUAGGAAUUGCUGUUGGAUUUUUUGCUAGUUCAAUCAUGGUCUAUCCAAUUUUUGGGGCUCUGGCUAGGGCUCGGGCCCGUAACAAAAAACUCGAAAGCAUUUGA